AUGGCUGGUGCAUUGCCUCGACGUAUCACCAAAGAAACGCAACGUCUUAUGGCCGAUCCUGUGCCGGGCAUUUCGGCGAUUCCCGACGAUAACAAUGCGCGCUAUUUUCAUGUGAUCAUUGCCGGCCCGGAGGGUAGCCCGUUUGCGGGUGGUGUCUUCAAGUUGGAGUUGUUUUUACCCGAAGAAUAUCCAAUGGCUGCACCCAAAGUGCGUUUCAUGACGAAAAUCUAUCAUCCAAACAUCGAUAAAUUGGGCAGAAUAUGUUUAGACAUUCUCAAAGGUUUGUCACUGUAUUCCGUUCAGUUUUGUUAA